AUGCGUUCCACAAUCGUAGGUUCCGCGGUGGCCCUCCUCGGGCUUUUCCGCACCGUAACCGCAGCAUCGACCACCCCUGUCGCAUACACCGAUCCAAACACCGGCAUUGACUUCCAACUGCUCAAUGCCAACGGUAACUUCAGCGUCGCCAUUGCCCUCCCCGAGACGAUUGGAUCGGACUUGAUUGGACAACUUGUCGUACCGAUCAGCAAGACAGGAGCAUGGGGAGCUGUUUCGUUUGGUGGAGGCAUGCUGAACCAUCUCUUGCUCGUAGCUUGGGCCAACGGCAAGGAGGUCGUCAGCACCUUCCGUAUUGCAGGUGCAUAUGCUAACCCGCCUGUCUACGAUGCCACCACGGUCAGCGCUUUGCCCAUCGCGAACGGAACCUUCGUCAACAGCACUCACUUAUCUUACACCUUCCUCUGCAAGGGUUGCAUUGUGGGCGGUACCACCACUUUCACAAAAACCGACACGAAUCCUGUACUCGGAUGGGCACUCUCGUCCUCAAAUCCUACCACCCCCUCUGACCCGACUAGUGGACUGCCCUAUCACGACUCUGGCUUCGGUCUGUACGGUCAGCCGGCCGCCGCUGCCCAGUCAGCCAAGUUCGAGACCUGGGCGUCGUGGGCUUCUGCAGCUAGCACUACUCCUGCAUCCGGCAGCAACUCGACCACUCCUUCUACCGGUAACGGCACCACCAUUGUGCCCACAACUUCGAACACAACCUACGAUGUUAUCGUCGCUGGUGGUGGUACUGCUGGUAUCAUUGCGGCUGAGCGUAUUGCUGAGGCUGGUCUAAGCGUUCUCCUGAUCGAGCGCGGUCCCGCCAACACCGUCGCUCUGGGAUCUUCCCAGGCUUUGGAGUGGAACAACACUCUGACGCCAUAUGACGUCCCGGCUCUUGGAAGCAGCUUGGCUGCGAUUCCUGGCACCAAGAUCUGUAGUGACACCGCCUCCAUGGCUGGAUGUCUUCUUGGAGGCUCAAGCUCUAUCAACGGAGAAAACUUCAUUCACCCUCCUGAGCACGAUUUCGAAAACUGGCCUAAAGGUUGGUCCUGGAAUGACAUGAGCGAGGCUGCAGACCGUCUGUACUCCCGUAACCCCGGUACCACUCAGCCUUCGGCUGAUGGAAAGCACUACGAUGAUAUGGCCUACACCACUGUGUCCUCCUACCUGAGCGGACAAGGCUGGACUGAACUCGACUCCAUUAAGACCCCUAACGAGAAGCGCAUGGUUUACUCUCGCCCCGCAUGGUCUAUCACCAACCACCUCCGUGCUGGCCCAGCCAGGACCUACAUGCCCUUCGCUGAGAAGCUUGAGAGCUUCACCCUCAAGCUUGAGACCAAGGUCGUCCAGGUUAAGCGUACUGGCAGCAGUGUCACUGGUGUGCUCGUUGAGCUUGCGGACGGAAGCCAGCAAAUCAUUAACCUAAAGGAAGGUGGCAAGGUUGUCCUCGCCGGUGGAGCUCUUUCUACUCCCAGAAUUCUGUGGAACUCUGGUAUUGGCAAGUCUGAUGCUCUGAAGAUCGUGCAGGGUGGUACCACUGGCGUUCAGCUUCCCGAAGAGGCCGACUGGAUUGACCUUCCCGUUGGUCACAGCCUCAAGGACCACGCCCAGGCUCCUCUACAGUUCAAGACUUCCGCAGCUUACACCGCCUACGAUUACGCCGACAUUGCAUCCAGCCCCGUCCAAUCCGACGUGGACCUCUACAAGCAAGGCUCUGGUGUUCUGACCCAGGCGGCGCAAAGGAUGCACCUGUGGACAUCUGUGAAGGGUACUGAUGGCAAGGAGCGCUUCCUUCAGGGCACUGUCAGCUCUAUGAAGAACAACACCGUCACUGUCAAGACCUUCCUCACACACGGAUCCACCUCCACUGGUGAACUCGGAAUUACAGCUAGUGGUAACACCGUCCUCAAUGUGAAGCCCUGGUUGAACGAUGCUGCGGACAAGGAGGCCUUCUCUGGCUUCAUCCAGUGGUGGAUUGACAUCACCAGCAAGGGUAACAGCACAGUCAAUGCCACCAUGGCUCUGGACGCAAGCUCCACUCCUGAUUCCAUCAUCGCCAGCAGCUUGGUCUCCGGUGACCAUUGGGUCGGAACCACCAGGAUGGGCACAGACGAUGGACGCACCAACGGCACCAGCGUUGUAGACACAAACACCAAGGUUUACGGCACAGACAAUCUCUUCGUUGUUGAUGCCUCCAUCCACCCCGACCUGCCUACUGGCAACACCCAGGCUAUCAUCAUGAUCGUCGCUGAGCACGCUGCCCAGAAAAUCGCCGCCUUCAAGGUCGGCAGUUCCUCCACCCCUGCUACUCCGUCUGCUCCCGAAGCUUCCACUCCUGCCGCCUCGGUGACACCUGAAGCUGCCGAGUCCUACGCUCCUGAUCUCAUUGAUGGAACAGCCGCUCACGAGAAGAGCGACUCGAUCGCAGCAUUCCAUCAUCGAGGCGCAUCACAGCGUCCAAUUCGAGAACCUAGGGAUCUUGUGAAAACGGAUCAUGGCUCUAAGACUCGAUAUUUCCAUCAGGCUUAA